UUCUCGGUCACGAAGGGAAGUCUCGCGUAUAUUAGACAGUCAGGCGCAACCUACUGCCGAGACGAGAGGGGAACCUACGGCCCUUCGGCUGAGCAUAUUUGGAUUUUGGGCGACAGAAGCGUCGAUUACUAAAAUGACCAGAGGAAACCAGCGUGAGCUUGCACGCGCCAAGAAUGCCAAAAAACAGAAUGAUGGAGGGAAAGGGAAGAGAGGAGACGAUGGGCUGUCUGCUGCUGCUCGGAAGCAGAGGGAUGCUGAGAUAAUGCAACAGAAGCAGAAGAAGUCGGAUGGAGGGGGAAAGGGAGACACCAAGUCCAGUAAAGAAUGAUGUCCGAGACUCAUUAAACUCAAGUGUUUCAAAAACAGCCCAUGUUCAGCAGUUUUCCUGAUAUUUAUGAGAAUGGAUCUGUCAUUUUUGUCCAGACUCAAGAAUCUAGGAUCCUACUUUCUUCCCUAUGGCAAAUGACGUUUCUUCAUGGAUUUGUUAUUUUACUUGGUAAAGUUAUGUCUGAGCAAGUUAGUGGUGGUCACACGUUGGUGCUGCAUGCAAAGGAGUAUCAACGGUGUAAGCAGCAGGAAAAGAAUGAACAAUUUCCCGAUACAAAAAUCUGCGUAACAGUUGUGUAUUUUUGUACAAAAAUGUCCCCUGCUGGUUUCAAAUAAAGUGUAUCUUUUUAGUUCA